AACAGGUUGGACUGGGAACAUGCCACAAUCGGACAAUCAGCUGAACAGAAAGAAAUUUAUCUACUGAAGAUCGAAACAACAGGAUUCAUUCAUUCAUUCAGCCACUGAGACAUUUUAUCAAGUCUCAGCGGUUGGCCGUCCUCUCUGGCAAUAGAGCACCAUAAAAUGUCCAUAAAAUGGCUGAAUAUGUCCUGUGGUCAGCAGCAGUCUGGACAUUCAAGAGCCUGUUGUGCACAUGGAGGUUUUUCUGGGUGAGCCCAUAUUACACUAUAAAAUCUGCACCAUGGACACAUCAGGCAGCUGACAGUGAUCAGAAACCCCAAUCAAAACUCAACACAGUUGCCCAUGAUGUCAAACAUCAUGGUGGAACAGAUGUAAAUGCAGACUCCGGGAAGAAGGCCAGACCAGAGAAGCGUGUCCAUCGUGGGCGCACAAGCGCCCUGCACAAGAGACUGCUGACUGCCGAAGGAGAGAUUCAGGAUCUGAAGGCUGAAAUCGCCAAUCAGAGAGCAUCAUGGGAGAUGCGCUUCAUUGAGCUGCAAAGGCGACAGCAUGAUCUGAGAGAGCAGAAUGAAUGGGGACUGAAGCUUUCAAGUUUCAAAAAGGAUUCAUCAACAAGUGUUGCAUAUGCUCUAUAUUUCAAGCCUGCUGAAGUCAUACAACAGCUUAGUCCAAGAAACAGACUGAAAUUGAAAUCUUUAUUCACUGAUAAUCUACAACGAGCUGUUUACCCGAGAACCGCUGCGACCAGAUCAUUGAACUCAGAGAUUCUGGUAAGGUCGGGAAUGCUCUACAGAGACACUGAUUCCGAGGAAUUAGACGAGGUCUUCACAGAGUCUGGGUUGGAGAAUGGAUUUGAUUGUGAGGAGAAGGAACUCAAAUGUUUCAGUGGCCUCAGACAAAUACACCAGCAAAAGGGAUCUGAUUUGGGAUUGUUUAGAGAUGAUGUUGACCAAAAUAGCCUGUGUGGCAGUCAAAUGUCCUGCCCAUUAGCUCUUGGCUCCAGAACCACCUCUUUCAUGUCUAACACCAGUGUAAGGUCUUGGAGGAGUGGAGGACCUCAUCGAGUUUUUGUACCCCACUCACCCCUGGACCUGAAGAUUGGGCACAGGGUCCGCAUCAUGCUACCAUCUGGACGGACCAGUACUGGUACUUUACGCUACCUGGGCUGCAUGCAGAACUCCCCUGACUUUUAUCUUGGUGUGGAACUGGAGUUGGCUGAUAAUGGGCAAUAUGACGGAACCUAUGAAGGACAGCGCUACUUUGACUGUCAACCUGGACAUGGAGCAUUUAUAGCAUUCAGUAAAUUGCUAAUGGCUUGGGAAUAGACACUAUAACACAGUCUGAUGCACUAGUGAAGACUUUGUAGGGCACUUAAGGAAAUUCUCACAACAAUUUGCUGCAUGGAUUCAUGGAUCCUUUAACUCUACUAGUAGAACUAUAACCACUUACUGGCAAAUUGGUUACCUUACAUGUUAUCUUACAUGGUUGGCUACUUUGUAUGCAGUGAUAGCAAACCAAAAAUGAUUGGGAAAGAAUGAGAUUUUAGAUGAUGAAUCUCUAUUCACAUGCCUUGCAUGUUACGGUGACCUGCUGUUACCUGUUAGUAAGCCUAUAUGGAAUUUCCUUUCUCAUUUUUUUUUUGUUAAACUGAUAAUAAAAGGUUUAUUUGGAAGUUCUUUGGAAGUUUCGAUUUUUUUUUUUUUUUAUGGGGCUGAAAGCAUUAUCAUAUUAGAUCAAAUAUUUACAAACAAGAAGCAGAUUAGGACUGGUUUUGAAAUUCUGUGAAAUCUUUGAAGCAUUCUACGUUAGUCUGCGGUCACAAAUUCCUCAUAUUCAUCUGUCUAUUGCCCAAAUCUGCUAAUGCAAAUGAAAGAAACAUCCUUUUAAAUUGAUAAAACUGACUGAAACAGCAAUAUAUAUAUCAGUUUUGUUCACCGCUGAUGCUUUGACCAUUUGUACGAUUCCUGGAUUUAACUCAAAAUACCACAUAUUUAUCACAUGAGACCGCUCAAGUGUGCUAUAUAAUGAACUGUGAACUCCAGGACACAGUUUUCAAGAGACUGUCUCUGUAUAUCAAAGAAUGUGUUCUGAUGUUCCAGGAAAGAGUCUGGACUGCGACAUGACGCCUUCUCUCGGAAAUCAUCAAGAUCAUGUUAAAACAUGUUAUCUAACAAACAGAUUGCUCCAAGCUGAAUUAUGAUGUUAACAAAUGUUUGUUAGCAUCUUAACAAUGUUGAGUGACUUGUUUAUAUAAAUUCACAAGAAAGACCUUGAGAUCACAUCACCCACAAGAUGUUCUUU